GUGUUUAGGCCUCAAAUUAUUUCUUGCUUUCUAGCCGGCGCAAAACGCAACCAUCUCCAUCUCUGUCGCCCUCUCGACCUAUCGCUACUAGAUUCGAAAGGCGAACUAUGCUCCAAACUCGACUAGUCGAGUAAUUGAUCUUGAAUCAGCGACGCUUAGUUGGACUGCCAUUGAACAGCCGAAACAAGUUCUUUAGUUUGCGUUAUCGGUGGUAAAUUCAACUUCAUGGCCAAUGAGAAGCACAGGAUUCUGAUGGUUUCAGACUUUUUUUAUCCCAACUUUGGUGGAGUGGAGAAUCACAUCUAUUAUUUAUCCCAAUGCCUGCUAAAGCUUGGUCACAAGGUUGUGGUGAUGACCCAUGCUUAUGGAAGUCGCUCUGGUGUCAGAUACAUGACAAAUGGUCUGAAGGUUUACUAUGUACCAUGGAGACCAUUUCUGAUGCAGAAUACCUUACCAACUUUCUAUGGGACCCUUCCAAUUGUACGGACUAUCCUUAUCAGGGAGAAAAUAUCAUUGGUACAUGGGCAUCAAGCAUUCUCAACUCUUUGUCAUGAAGCUUUGAUGCAUGCACGCACUAUGGGUUACAAGGUUGUGUUCACUGAUCAUUCGCUCUAUGGUUUUGCUGAUGUGGGAAGCAUCCACAUGAACAAAGUAUUGCAGUUUACUUUGGCAGAUGUGAGCCAGGCCAUUUGUGUAUCUCAUACAAGCAAGGAAAACACAGUACUCAGGUCUGGUUUACCACCAGACAAGGUCUUUGUAAUCCCUAAUGCUGUGGAUACUGCCAUGUUCAAGCCUGCACCAGAGCGGCUUCAGUCUAAAGAGAUUGUUAUUGUUGUGUUAAGUAGACUGGUUUAUCGGAAAGGUGCUGAUUUGCUAGUUGAAGUCAUUCCAGAAGUCUGCCAAUUGUGUCCAAAUGUUCGUUUCAUUGUUGGAGGAGAUGGACCUAAACGCGUGCGGUUAGAAGAGAUGAGGGAGAAGCACUCUCUCCAGGAUCGAGUUGAAAUGCUGGGUGCUGUUCCCCAUGCUCGUGUACAGUCUGUCCUGAUUUCUGGCCAUAUUUUUUUAAACAGUUCUUUGACGGAGGCAUUCUGCAUAGCCAUUUUAGAAGCUGCCAGUUGUGGAUUGUUAACAGUCAGUACACGUGUUGGAGGUGUCCCAGAGGUUCUGCCUGAAGACAUGGUUGUACUUGCAGAACCAGACCCAGGUGAUAUGGUACAAGCAAUUAAAAAGGCAAUAUAUUUACUUCCAAAAAUUGAUCCGCAAGUAAUGCAUGAACGUAUGAAGAAACUCUACAGUUGGCAUGAUGUUGCUAGGAGGACUGAGAUUGUGUACGAUCGUGCUUUGCGAUGCUCCAAUCAAAAUCUUCUUGAAAGACUUUCACGGUAUCUCUCAUGUGGUGCUUGGGCAGGCAAGCUUUUCUUCUUGGUUAUGAUAAUCGAUUUCUUGCUGUGGCGACUACUGCAACUUUUGCAGCCUGAAGAGGAUAUUGACGUGGUGCCUGAAUAUAUUGCAUCCCAUCAUGGAGAUAGGGAGAUGCCACAGACUUUGAACAAGUUCGAGAGCCUUUGAUGAUUUAUUUACUGCCUCGAAUUGUGUGAAUCUUCUAAGAAGAUUGCUUUCAUGUUGUGAAGCAUUUUUCUUUGCAGCAGUUUAAUCGUCAGGUUUUGCGGUCGGUUGCUGUGCCAUUGCCCCCUGGACAUUAACUUUUGUCUUUGAUGAAGUUAUUACUUCUUAGUGUUGAGCUUC